AUGAAGCCCUCAAGUCUAGUCAUAGUGGCUCUGCUAUCUGCAGCAGUUAAUGCAAAGAACGGGUACAUUGCUGCUCUUCAAUCGGCAUGUAAUACCUUAACAUCAUCAUACAAAUGGGAAUGUCCUGAAGAAUAUGCAAAAGCUACUACGACGACUGGAAAAGGUGGAGGUAAAGGAAAGAGCACUGGUAGUUCCACUACUUGCAACUGUUGGAGUCCUGAGUAUUUGGCUUCUUACAUUGACUGUGCUACUAGAGCUAAGGUUCAUAAGGGAGAAGAAGUUCUUCAGCUUCUUCUUGCCACAUGUAACGUUGCUACCAUUAGACCAGAUUUGACACGCGACGACCUAACUACCAUUUAUGAUAAUGCCACAGACUACUUUGUCGAUAUUGCUGAUGUCAACACCAAUAAAACUAUUACAUCUCCAGUUAAGUUCACUCAAAAAUCCAUCGAUCUUAAUGUCAGAGUCAACAAAGCAUCCAGUUUUUCAAGUUAUUCGGGGAAGCUUUAUGGUGGUAUUUUGCUGGCUUACUUUGCUGGCGUCAUGGCUAUUGGUACUUUUAUUAACUGGUUCAAGAUCUUGUUCCCCAAGUAUUCCAAAAAAGUGGCCAAUUAUACUCCUGUCCGUUUUGUUCGCCAAAAAUUUGCCAAUCCUGCCAUGUUUGGAUUCCGCAAUGGUAUGUCUUUCAAAUGGGGUCCUUACAACAUCAUCAACAUGUCUAUUCCAACCCGGACCCAAUCUUGGGUGAUUAUUGGUUAUAUUGUCACUUUUAUCAUCUUAAUGUUUAUCAGAUAUGAUAUUUUCAAGGAAAACACUCGAUUCAAAACUAGACAUAUUCAGCUUGCUCGUUAUGUUGCUGAUAGAUCGGGUGAAAUUUGCAUUGCUCAAAUGCCUCUCUUGUAUCUUUAUGCCUCCAGAAACAAUAUUGCCAUGAUCUUCACUGGCUGGUCUUAUGAUACUAUGAAUGCUUACCACAGAUGGAUUGCACGAGUUACAGUCAUGGCUGUGUUUAUUCACUCUGUUGCAUAUACUGAUUACUACCGUCUUACUGGAGGUCUUGCCAAAGAAUGGAGCAGACCCUUUGUUGUUUGGGGUAUUGUUGGUACCAUCUGUGGUGGUUUGCUAUGCUUUUUCUCUCUUCGCUACUUUCGCGAAUAUCUUUAUGAAUUCUUCUUGUAUUGCCAUUGGGCCUUGGUUGCAUUUUUUACUAUCGGUACAUGGUAUCACCUUCCUCAUACACAUGCCAAGAAAGAUUGGAUUUAUGCCACUGUAGCAGUAUGGGCAUUUGAUAGGGCAGCAAGACUAGGUAGAAUUGUCUUGAAUGGUCUCCAUGCAUCUGCUGAGGUUGAGCUUGUUGGAGAUGAAUUUAUUAGAACUAAGGUGUCAUAUUUCCGUUUUUGGAAACCCCUUCCUGGACACUAUGUUUUCAUUCACUGGCUUCUUCCCGUUUGGAGAUGUUGGGAGAACCAUCCAUUUACCAUUUAUCAAUCGCCUGUUGCUGGUGAGGAGAAGAUCUUUAACAUUGUGACCAAGAUCGAGAAGGGUAAGACCAAACAAAUGGCUGAGUACCUGGCUAAGAAGGGAGGCAAGGCUAAGAUUCCUGUCUUUAUCGAUGGUCCUUAUGGUCAUACCUUCCCUAUUGGACAUUGUGAUACUAUUAUUCUUAUGGCUGGUGGUAUUGGUUUUACUGGUGCAUAUUCUUAUAUUGAUAAGCUUAGAACACAGGCUGGCAAGAAACACAUUGUUUUCUUAUGGGCUGUUCGUACUCACAAGCAAGUUGAGGUUUUCAAGAACGAGGUUGACUUUAUGAACCGAUCUGGAAUUGAUGUCCAGCUUUACAUUAGUGAUGAAAAUGCAAGUGCUCAAGAGAGCAUUAAGGAGAAGGAGGGAUCUGGAGAAUCAGCUGGGGAGUCUGCCGAUAAUGAAAAGGAAUCUAUUGGUAGUGAUACCAGUGCUACCAUCAAUUAUGGGUUUGUUGAUAUUAAUAGUACAGUUGAAAAUUAUAUCAACGAAGCACCUGGAAGCAUUGGUUUCUUUAUCUGCGGUCCACCUGGUCUUAAUGAUGCUGUCAGAGCGAAUGUCAGCAAGCAUAUGCACAAAGGCAAGGGUGCAGUUGAAGUCUUUGUUGAGGGAUUUAGUUGGUAG